CCUAUGGUCCAUAUCGGAGAGCAAGAAGCCCCUAUAAAGCAGCCCCCAGUGGGCAAUCUGGCCCACAGAUUUGGGCCAGCUUUGGAGAAGAAACCCCAUUACCACCAUGAACUUCUCUGGAAAAUACCAGCUGCAGAGCCAGGAAAACUUCGAGUCUUUCAUGAAGGCGAUUGGGGUACCUGACGACCUCAUCCAGAAGGGGAAGGACCUCAAGGGGGUGUCGGAAAUCGUGCAGAAUGGAAAGCACUUCAAGAUCACUAUUACCACAGGGACCAAAGUGACCAAGAAUGAAUUCACCUUGGGGCAGGAGUGUGAGAUAGAGACCAUGACUGGAGAGAAGGUCAAGGCAGUGGUUAACAUGGAAGGCAACAACAAGCUGGUGACAACUUUCAAAAAUGUCAAGUCUGUGACUGAACUCAAUGGGGACACCCUGACCAGCGUAAGUUGGCGCCCUGUGCCUGUGACUCUGGGUGCUGAGGGAGGAGGAGGAGGAGAGGGAGGGGGAACAGCUGCACUGCUCACCCAGGCCUCGCUUUAUCCCCCGAGCCCUGAAUUCUCCACCUUUCUAUGUCCUCUCCCUCUUCGCUGAGGGUCCUUAUGCAGC